AUGGCCGGCAAGUUUGAGCCCAAGACGCCCGUCAACCUGCAGCCCCCCAAGGACGACCCCAUCACUCUGGAGGAGCUGAGUGCGGCCAAUGGCGUCGACGGUGGCAAGUGCUAUGUUGCAAUCAAGGGUCUCGUCUACGAUGUGACUGGAAACAAGGCGUAUCAACCCGGCGGAUCCUACCACGUGUUUGCCGGCAAGGACGCGUCGCGGGCGCUCGCCCUGUCGUCCACAAAACCCGACGACGUCCAGUCCCAGUGGCAGGACCUCGACGACAAGGAAAAGGGUGUGCUCAACGACUGGAUCACCUUCUUUGCGAAGCGGUACAAUGUCAUCGGCAAGGUCGUUGGUGCGACGAACCUGUCGUAG